AAGCAAGUGAUAACAGUAUUUGACUUCAAAUGAGAAAUCCGUUUGUUGCACGAGGAUUCCACAUUCAUACUCCACAGUUGCAAGUAACAACCUAUGUCAUGGCUCGCCCCACCCAGUAUGCCUAUAAAAGCAAAUUAUUGUCCAAGCAAGUUAUUGUUCAACAACACAAAAGGUCGGCCGUAGUGUACCUCAAACCUUGAGGAUGGCUGAGCCUCAGAAAACAAGCAGCAAUGGAGCUGCUGAAGGGGGUGCAAACUCUACAUUUGCAUCAGAGAAGGUGCCCCUGCCACCAAGGAGGCUGCAGAGAUGUGAUUCACUGCAUAUGGAGGCUGGAAAGAUUCCCGGUGGCCAAAGCUAUGCAGCUAAGCAGGUUGGCUGGGUGACGACACUAAGCUUGGCAUUCCAGAGUCUAGGUGUGGUUUAUGGGGACAUGGGAACUUCUCCCCUCUAUGUGUUUUCGAGCACCUUUACUGAUGGGAUCACGGACACAGAUGACCUCCUUGGUGUAAUGUCUCUGAUUAUCUACACCGUGGCUCUCCUUCCACUGAUGAAAUAUUGUUUCGUUGUCUUGAGAGCUAACGACAACGGUGAUGGUGGAACAUUUGCACUUUAUUCCUUAAUAUCUCGGUAUGCUAGGAUUAGCUUGAUACCAAAUCAGCAGGCUGAAGAUGCAAUGGUCUCUCAUUACAAGUUAGAGUCCCCCUCGAAUCGUGUCAAGCGGGCUCAUUGGAUUAAAGAAAAGAUGGAAAGUAGUCCAAAAUUUAAGGUCACACUUUUUCUAGUGACAAUUCUGGCAACAUCGAUGGUCAUCGGUGAUGGCGUGCUAACUCCAUGUAUUUCAGUGCUUAGUGCAGUUGGGGGAAUCAAGCAAUCUGCAAAGUCGUUAACUGAAGGACAGAUUGCUGGCAUCGCAAUCGGCAUUCUGAUCGUCCUCUUUCUUGUUCAACGCUUUGGUACAGACAAAGUUGGUUACACAUUUGGUCCAGUAAUCUUGACCUGGUUUAUCUUAAUUGCUGGCAUUGGAGUUUAUAAUUUGGUCAAACAUGACAUUGGCAUUCUGAAAGCAUUCAACCCAAAAUAUAUUGUGGACUAUUUCCAAAGAAAUGGGAAGGAUGGCUGGAUUUCGCUUGGAGGUGUUAUUUUAUGCAUUACAGGAACUGAAGCAAUGUUUGCCGACCUUGGUCACUUCAAUGUUAGAGCAGUUCAGAUUGGCUUUUCUGUAGCUCUGCUCCCAUCAGUACUGCUGGCUUACCUUGGACAAGCUGCAUAUCUUCGAAUCUAUCCUGAACAUGUUGCAGAUACUUUCUACAAGUCAAUCCCAGGUCCAUUAUAUUGGCCAACAUUUGUGGUGGCCGUGGCUGCUGCUAUAAUUGCAAGCCAAGCUAUGAUAUCAGGCGCCUUUGCAAUCAUUGCUCAGUCCCAAAUUCUAGGUUGUUUUCCACGAGUUCGUAUCAUCCACACUUCAAAAAAGUUUCAUGGACAAGUCUACAUCCCUGAGAUCAACUAUGCACUAAUGAUUUUAUGUGUAGCUGUGACAGCCAUUUUCAAAACUACAGACAAGAUUGGCAAUGCAUAUGGUAUUGCUGUCGUCUUUGUGAUGUUCAUAACAACACUUCUAGUCACAUUGGUAAUGGCCAUGAUAUGGAAGACAAGUCUUCUGUGGAUCGCACUAUUUCCAAUAAUAUUUGGUGGUGCAGAGCUCAUCUACUUAUCUUCAGCGUUCUACAAAUUUACUCAGGGUGGAUACCUUCCACUAGGUUUUGCAGCGGUUUUGAUGUUAAUAAUGGGCACAUGGCACUAUGUUCAUGUUCACCGGUACAAAUAUGAGCUCAAGAACAAAGUUUCAAACAACUAUGUGGCAGAGUUGGCAACAAGGCGAAAUCUCGCUAGGCUACCCGGAAUAGGCUUUUUGUACUCUGAGCUUGUUCAAGGAAUCCCACCCAUACUUCCUCAUUUGGUCGAAAAAGUACCUUCCAUCCAUUCAGUUCUUGUGAUUAUCUCAAUAAAGUACUUACCAAUCAGCAACAUAGAAACAAACGAACGGUUCCUCUUCCGAUAUGUGGAACCAAGAGAGUACAGGGUAUUCCGAUGUGUGGUGCGCUAUGGAUACAACAAUAAAGUAGAAGAUCCAAGAGAGUUCGAGAACUUGCUCAUUGGUCACUUGAAGCAAUUCAUCCAUCAAGUAUCACUCUACAGUGAAAGUAGUCAUUCCAUUGGAGAAGAAGAUAAUUCAAUCAAAGAAUCAGAGUCUUCUGUUGAAGUUCAAGAUGCAAGGUUGCCAAGAAGUUUUUCAGAUGGAAUUACUGCUAGUCCACCAAACGGGUGCAUGGAUGAGAUUGAAUUAAUUCAGAGAGAGAUGGAUGAUGGUGUAGUUCAUCUGCUAGGAGAAAUUAACGUGGUGGCAGAGCGAAAUGCCAGUUUUGUGAAGAAAAUAAUAGUUGACUACGUCUACAAUUUCAUGAGGAAGAACUUCAGGCAACCAGGGAAGAUCACAUGUGUCCCUCAUAACAGACUGCUGCGUGUGGGUAUGACAUAUGAAAUCUAGAGAGAUGCUCAGUGGAUUGCAAACUGACACUACAUUCAGUUUUUCCGACCAAGUGCAGCAAAAAUAUGCAGAUGAAGGUGGUGACCACAUAACCAGUCUCCCUGACAGAACAUCAAAGGAUGGACACAUUUUACACGUACAAGGAAACACUGGAGUACACCCAAUGGGUAUUUACCACAUAAUAGUUCGUUAGCAGUAAGUAUGCAUAGCUGUUAAACUUCUAGUUUGGUAAACUUUUGCUUUCUUUUGGGAAACUCAAAACCUUAGUAUUGUGUACACAAAGAUUGUAACCUACCAGGAAAAGGCAAACAAAGAAUAAAUUAUGACUUUGGUCAUUCCUCUCAAACUGUUCA